UUAGAAAUAUGCACAAAUAAUACGAAAAUUAGUUGCUUGCAUGUGCAGGUUCAAUGCAUAGAUCUCAAUGAAUAAAAUAUUUGAACUUGAAAAUAUGUAAUUAAUUAAGCAUGGAUUCACACCAUAUAGCCUAUCUCAUGUCAGAUCAAAAAUUCAACUCUUCAUCAUAAGAUCAAGUCAAUUUAUUCAAAAAAAUAUAUCAGAGGUUAAAGAUGGCGGCUUAUGCAUCUCUAGUUUCUUUGUUGAAUACUAUGGAGCAGAUCCAGACUCAUCCUCUCCUCUCUACUUGUUUCGACAAGUACCAGAAUGAAUCUCUUCGCACAAAGGUUGAUUUCUUUCUGGAUUUUGUAGAGAAUUAUUCAGAUGCAGGCAGCAGAGAAGCAGACGAUUUGCUGAGGCGAAUUGCAUUCGUGGCUCAUGCGGCUGAAGAUAUAACCGAAUGCGAAGCAACAGAUCGAGUUCGUGCUGUUUCCACUAAAAAACGUCUCCAGAUGUUGCUCCAUCUGCAGAGAAUAAUCGACGGCAUGUUUUCAAUCGAGGAAAAGGUAAUCAAGUUUAAAGAAGAAACGGGGUGCAUAAACCGGCAGCCCUCGUAUUCGACGUCAUCAGCUGCAUCUGUGAAGACUGCAGCUAUGGUGGGAUUCGACGGCUACUUGGUGCAACUCUUGGAUCAGCUCACUGGACAGCCUCCUGAGCGGCGGAUAAUCUCAAUCGUCGGAAUGGGAGGGAUAGGUAAGACCACUCUCGCUAGAAACAUGUAUGAAAAUCGACUUACUGUUCAACAUUUUGAUGUUCGUGCCUGGGUUACUGUGUCGCAAGAUUACAAUGCUAGAGAAAUUCUUAAAGAAGCACUUUCUUGCCUAGGAGGAUUGAGUAGUAAUAUUGGUGAGGAUCAAUUAGGCGAAGAGUUGCAUAAAACUUUAUAUGGUAGGAGGUAUCUCAUUAUACUGGAUGAUGUGUGGAGCGUUGAGGUUUGGGAUAGGAUGAAUUUUUACUUCCCAGAAAAUAAUAAUGGAAGCCGAAUUGUGGUAACAACUAGGCUAUCGGAGGUGGUGGAUUAUUUUAGCUCCUCUGCAGUAGCAUUGAGCUUUCUUGAUGACAGUAAAAGUUGGGAGCUUUUCUGUGAGAAGACAUUUCCACGGGAAAGCUGCCCUCUUGAACUGGAAGACAUCGGAAAGAAGAUUGUUAACAAGUGCAAAGGACUCCCACUCGCGAUCGUCGUGAUUGGAGGCCUUCUUGGAAAAUCAUCUAGGACACAAGAAUACUGGGAGAAGAUUGGAGAUGAUAUAAGCUUGAUUUUGAAUUCAAGAGAGGGAAACAAAGUGUUGAGCAUAUUAUAUCUGAGUUAUAAGCACUUGCCUGCGUGUCUGAAAUCAUGUUUCCUUUACCUGGGAUUGUUUCCGGAAGACUAUGAUAUCCGUGUGUUCGAACUCAUUAAACUCUGGGUUGCUGAAGGCUUUAUAAAACCAAACACACACCAAAGUUUGGAAGAAAUCGCGGAGGGAUACGUAAAGGAGCUCAUCGACAGGAGUCUCCUUUUAGUUCGUGGGUUCAGACCACACAAGAGGUUCGAAACAUGUUCUGUUCAUGAUCUUGUAAGAGACUUGAGCAUCAAGAUUGCUGCAAAAGAGGACUUUGUUUGUGUGCAACGAGACGAAGAUGGGCGGCGUCACUUCACUGUUGAUGAAAGAACUUCAAGCUUUUACCGCCAAAACAAUAGCUCUGGUUUCAUGCUGCAGCCGCCAUCACUUGUCCAUCCUCAGAUAUUCACCGCCAAGUGUUAUUUGAUGACUACAUAG